CUAUUUAAAUCAGUUAUUACAGAAGUUUUGGCAUUGUAAUUUUCUGUGUGGACACAUUUGAAUCAAAAGAAGAACAUGAAUGUUUUCUUAAUCUCUGAUUUCAAACCACCAUAGAAGACCAAAAUCUUGAAAAAUACAUAAUCCACUGGGUUUACAAAUGGCUAUACAAAUAUAAUUAAAACAAAAUGAAAUGGAAGAAGUUAAGCCUGAAAUUAGACAGGACUUUCUUGGUCUCAUUCCAAGCUCAGAAUGGCAUAAAGACAAAGCCAGUGAAUUUCGAAAUGAAAAUGAUAAAAUCAUUGAAGUUGAUGAACAUGAAAAUGACAACAACGAUGAUUCUGAAUGGGACGAAGAUUACAGUGAGGAAACUGAAGAACAGGUCAGCUUUCAUUGGGACAGUGAAAUCAACAGUGUUUCAGAUUGGGAGGGUGAAAACAUUGAAGGGGCUAGUGAUCAAUUUUUUAAUUCUUGUUCAGAUUUCAGCGACCAUUCUGACUGGGAUGAUUCUGAAGUUGAAGAAGAUGAAUAUUACUUUUAUGGAGAAACAGAUGAAGGAAGUGUAAAAUCCAUUCUGUACCAUCAUGAAGUUGCUAUAAAUAAAUUAUUGCAAUGUUAUAGAUAUGCCACAGUAAAGGAAGAAUUUGAAAUCAAUGCACAGGAGUUUCUCAACAUUAAAAUUGAACAUUUACAAGCUUGUUUUGAUAAAUAUAUGCGUCCAUUCUUGAAAGAAGUUGUUAAUAUUCGUAUGCAUCAUGGUUUAGACAGACUUCUUCAUCUUCUUUGUAUCAGUCGUAUCUUUUUAAAACAAGAUAGAGACAACCAUUUUAGGUUUCUUUGCAGUUUAGCGGAAGAUGUACUCAAGUUUCAGUCUAAAGAAAUGUUACACAUUAAUAUUAAACGUUACUUAGACAUACAACUUUUAAAAAAUCCUUUGUUCACUUUUGAAGACUUACAAACUGGCAUAUCUGAUUCACAAUUUGAACAUCAACUUAAAUUAUGUUACAGUAAAAGAAUGAUUUGUAAAACUCACAGCAAUGCGAUUGACCAAUCAACAGAAGAAAAUCUUAAGUAUUUCAUAUCAACUUUUGAUGAAGUGACUCAAAGUAGGGAAGAUCAAUUUGAAACAAAACAGAACAUAUUUAAUUCUUUAAUACAUAUUCUAGAUAAAUUUAUUGUUAAAAAAGAUACUACAAAUAUUAAACUAACUUUAGAAGUAUUGCAAAAGAUCAUCAGAAAUUUUGUUGUUGUUGAUUGCUAUACAAUUUUCAUAAAAUAUAUGUUAAGAGACAGGUGUUCUCUACGAACCAAACAACAAAAACAGGAAAUGUGGUUAUGUUCUAUACCACAAAAAGAAGAUUUACUAAGAUCAGUCUGUGGCUUUGUCAUUGAAUUUCUGCAACAUCUUAAAUUAAUUGGAGAAACCCUUUAUACUACCAUUCAAGUUGAUACAAUAUUUGAGGAAAAUAAAUGCAUGUAUAGAAGUCUGAUAAAAAUAUUAAGCUACAUAUUAACAGAAGUAGAUCUAGAGAUAGAUGAAGAAAGAGAAUAUGAAUUAUCAUUAGCAGAAGAAGAUCUCAUUGUUCAUCUAGAUGAAGAAAAAGAAACAAUCCUUUCUAUUUACAUUGAUACAUUUGUAGACUACAGUGCAGAUAAAGGAAUUGUAAACAUAAUCAAAGAAUUCAGUGAUGUGGAAGAAAUGACUUGGGAAAAUGAAGAAAUUAUCUUAAAGGCUAUCCGUGACAUUGCCUCUAUUAGAUAUCACAAGCAAAGAAGUGAUCUUGCAAAAAUUAUUCUUGACAUAAACUUGACUCAAGCAAAUGGGGACCUCUUAAUUAAAAUAACACACACACUAUGGAAUCUGUUAAAAAUCAGAGAAGGAAAGAAACAGCUAAAUAAUAUUAAAACUCAUAAGAACACUAUGAGAACUAAACUACAGCAAAUUUUUGCUGUUUCAAACUUCCCUGCCUACCAAACAGACAACACUAAUGACGAAAGUGUGAGAGAGAGAAAAACAAUUUUGUAUCGCUGCCUUUGUAUUUUGAGACAUGCUAAGAAAACAGGACAGCUAAGUGAUGUCGACAUUUCAAAUUAUUUAAAUGCCUUUAAUUUUGAUGAACAAUCUUUAGAAAAUGAAGACCAGGUCGGAAAGAAAUCAGAUACAGAAAUUAUGUUGAUAAUCAUGCUUCUUAUAUUAAUUGCAUCAACAAGACACCACAAAUCUGCUAAACUGAAGAAGUAUCUAUCACAGAAGUACGAGUACAAAGAAGCUAUACUAUAUAAAUUGUGGUGUUCAGGUGACAUACAUAUCAAUCCAGGACCCCCAUUGAAGAAGAGUCAGUUGCUACAUGAUUCUCAGAGGGAAAGAGCUUGGACCCAGGAUAUGUCAUCAAUUCUUCUUAAACUGUAUAAAGGAGAACCACCACAUUCCAAACCAAAAAACUUGUGGAGAGAAAAACCAGAGCAUUGGCCAUCAAAUAAACCAUUCUAUGACACUAAAAAUCAUCCACAUGAUGAAUAUGGGUGUUUCAUUUCAGAUAUUGAUCUUUUAAAAUGCCUGAUACAAUGCUGUGACCAUAGAAAUGUGCAUAUCCACAACAUGUAUAAAAAAGAAAUCGCUGCUUGGACAGAAAAUAAAAUUCAAUUGCUCCAUAAGCUGCAUACAUUCCGUACUGAAACUGAAAAAAUAAAAACGAUUCUACAGAAUUUCAUCAUUUACAGAGAUACUGAUGAACUACACCAAGCUCUGGACAAUAUACAUGUAAAGCUUAGCCUUAAAGUUGAAGAAAUCAACAUAAGAAAUGUUCCAUGUAAAAGGUUAAAAAAUCAAACUGAAAUAUUUGCAGAUAUAACACGCUACCUUGCUGCAGUUGUGUGCAAAAUUAUACAGGGAAAAGAUCCAGAAUCAAAAUGUGAUGGAAUUUGGAAGACUCCCCCAAAACAAUGGCCCCCAAAUGUUCCUUUUUUCAGUCCGUUCAACAGGGGAAAGUGCAAACAUACCUGUUCCGACCGUUUACUUGUUUCAACUUUGUUGCAACAUCCAAAAGCAGUUAUUCCUCCAAAAUAUAAAUCUUUAGUGGAAACUUAUGAAAAUGUUGUCAAUGCAACUGACAAAAAGGAAUCCAAAAAACAUAAGGAAGUUCUAUGUAGAGUAAAAACAAUCCAGACAGACAUAUCAGUACUAGAUUAUGCUCUGACAUACUUGCACUCUGAAGGAUUUUUCACAACAGAAGUCUAUCACCCAUUACAUCAAUGGUGGUCAAGUCAAAAUGUUGAAAACCAAACUGAAAUCAAAUUUGCAAAUCUGCAUAGAAUUUCUGAAGAGAGGCCCAAAAUCAGUUUAGAAGUCACAAGGAAAUAUAUGACACUGUCUGUCAACAUGGACUAUCCAACUAAGUCACAAGUGUGUUAUAGCAUCUCUUUUGAUGACAGUCUUCCUACAAUGCUUGAUUCCAACAAUCCAUAUUGCUCAGAUAUUGACCAACUACGCAAUGGUGACAACUCGCAAGGAACCUCUGUCAAUAAGACUUCACAAAUUCAACAAAAAUCAAGUUCAGGAGUGAUUUUAUUGAGUGGCUCCAAUCAUGGAACAGAUACAACACAAUAUUCAUCCUCAAACAUUGACAAUAAAACUGACUUUUCAACACUGACUGAAUCUUUAUUUACCAGACAUAAACUAUUGCCAGCAGAAAGUAAUACUUUGUCACUCAGUGAAUUAAAAAAAAGCAAAGAAAAUACAACAUCCCCUAAAGUAAGGAGCAUAUCAAACAGAGAGGAAACAUUAGCUAAAGAUUCUAAUGGGUCAAAUAAUCCAACUUCAACAACAUGGAUAAAUCUUCAUCAGACUGGUCAGUCUGAUAAUAAUCAGAGGGUCAUUGUUCCAGAGACAAAUAAAUCAUAUGAAUUAACUACAAAACAGACAAGAGGACAAAAAAGGAAAUAUUCUAAUGAAAGCAAUGGUAAUGAUGUGAGCAAAUUAAAGUUAAUGGAAAGCAAUAUUAAGGAUGAUUGUGUUCAGAAAAAAACAAGAGAAGAAGCAGUAUCAGACCAUCAAUUAGACUUACUUUUAGAAUCUUGUAUUGAUGACAUAUCUUUUCAACAUAAAAGUACAUCUGAACUCUCAAAAAAUGAAAGCAGUUUGGGAAGUGCCGAGGAUGAAAUAAUGGACAUCAGUCUCCCAGUAUCCAGUGAUUAUGAUGAAGUCAAUGAUGGGCUUGAAAUUCUAUUAGGUGACCUGAUUAAUUAUGAAUCUGGCAAGAGAUCUAUACUUGAAAAAGAAUUACUUCUGGAUAUUUCAUGAUCCAUCAUUUCUUUUGCAUAUCAAUGAACAAUGCUAAUGUGACAAUAUUAAAAUAUGACUAGUAGAAAAAUGAAAAUUGUGUAUAUAUUAUUAGUGUAUUAAAAUAAAAUGUUCAAAUAUUCUCCAAAACAACAUGCUUCAUGGAACAUAAACCAGCUAUGUAAAUUAAGGCAGUACCUAAAAUUAUGGAAAAAGAAACUAUUUUGUUCUAUUUUUCCUUAAUGUUUUGGAUUUUGUUCUGAACUUUAUCGUUUGAAGAAAUGAUUAAAAAUCUAAUUAUCUGACAAUGAAAUCUUCAGAAAAUAUCUUAUUGUUCAAAUUUCUUCAAAUUAAUUUUAACAUUUGUAUUUUUUAUUUUGAUACAAUAUAUAUAUCACUGUAUUUUUCCACUAUUCCAGAUUAUUUAUGCACAAGUUGUUCCUUUGUUGUCCUUAGUUGUUUUCUACAGUCCUAUACAUGUAUUAUAUGAAUACAAGAUAAAAAAUGAUUGCCUUAUCAAUUCAAA